AGUUUGAUCCUGGAGGCGGAUUUCGGCAAGUGUCAGAUAAUUGGAAGGGUGGAGUCACACUGUAAACCCCGACACACCUUUGUCAGGACUUGUUUGGAAGCAAAGAACUAAAAGAAACAAGGGCAAGAGAAGAAGUGAACAUUUUUGAAAGAUCACUCAGCUCUAACACACCUUGGCUGGGUCUGGAUAAAAAGUGGGAACAGCAAACAUCUAGAAGAAAACGUCAGGGGAAGAAGGAGAGAGGGGGCAUUUACUCAAAGUUGCUUCUGAUUCCUUCAACACCUCAAACUAGGUGGUGAUGGUAUGGAUGUAACCAAGAAGAACAAACGAGAUGGCGCUGAAGUCACUGAAAGAGUUAUCAAGGAAACAAUAACUACAAGACUUACGUCCUUACCACCAAAAGGGGUCACCAGCAACGGCUAUGCUAAAACAGGCUCUCUUGGUGGAGGGAGCCGGCUGGAGAAACAGAGCCUGAUGCAUGGCAGCAGCGGCUACAUAAACUCAAGUGGGAGCACACGAGGCAAUGCCUCUACUUCCAGUUACAGGAGGGCCCCUAGUGAGUUGGCCUCCACUCUGCCCAACUCGCCAGGCUCAACCUUUGAGAGAAAAACUCAUGUCACCCGCCAUGGAACAUACGAAGGGAGCUCCAGCGGCAACUCUUCCCCUGAGUACCCUCGGAAGGAAUUUGCGUCUUCUUCAACCAGAGGACGGAGCCAAACACGAGAGAGCGAGAUCAGAGUUCGACUGCAGAGUUCAUCCCCAUCUACCCGAUGGACGGAAUUGGAUGACGUCAAGCGUUUGCUCAACGGAAGCCGAUCAGCAAGCGUGAGCCCCACCCGGAAUUCCUCUAACACACUCCCCAUCCCCAAGAAAGGCACCGUGGAGACCAAAUUGGUGACAGCGAGCUCCCAGUCAGUGUCCGGCACCUAUGACACAACCAUCCUGGAUGCCAACCUUCCCUCCCACAUGUGGUCCUCCACGUUGCCGGCAGGGUCCUCCAUGGGCACCUAUCACAACAACAUCACAGCCCAGAGCUCAUCCCUCCUCAACACCAAUGCCUAUUCUGCAGGAUCAGUCUUUGGAGUUCCAAAUAACGUGGCCUCCUGCUCCGCAACUCUGCAGCCUGGAAUCAGCACCAGCUCCUCAGUGUUUGGCAUGCAGAACAAUCUGGCCCCCAGUUCACCCGCCCUGUCCCAUGGCAUGGCCACCACCUCCACAGCGUAUGGUGUGAAGAAGAACAUGCCCCAGAGCCCCGCCCUUGUGAGCACUGGGGUGUCCACCUCCACAGCCAGCACCACAAGUGUCCAGAACGAUGACCUCUUGCACAAGGACUGUAAAUUCCUGAUCCUGGAGAAAGACAACACACCUGCCAAGAAGGAGAUGGAGCUGCUGAUCAUGACCAAGGACAGCGGGAAGGUCUUCACCGCCUCCCCCGCCAGUGUCAGUGCAACUUCUUUUUCAGAAGACACCCUAAAAAAGGAAAAGCAAGCUGCAUACACCACCGACACCUACCUAAUGUCAGAAGCUAAUGGAGAUGUGAAGACCGUGUCCGCAAAGGGCAAGGCUGCCUCUGCAGACUUCUACGGCUACAACCGCUACCGUGGGGGCGGCAGUAGCAGCGGCAGGGGCGCUGGCAGCGGGGUCUCCGGUGGAGGCGGCAAGGGCUCGUGGGGGGUAGCACCAGCCUGGUGCCCCUGCGGCUCCUGCUGCAGCUGGUGGAAGUGGCUGCUGGGCCUGCUCCUCACCUGGCUGCUACUCCUGGGGCUGCUCUUUGGCCUCGUCGCUCUGGCCGAGGAGGUGAGGAACCUGAAAGCACGUGUGGACAAGCUGGAGAAGGUCAGGAGCAGCGUGCUGCUUUACAAGGAGAAGAUGGAGAGGAGCAGCCAGGACUCUGUGCAGGGUGUUGCACCGAGGCUGGGGGAAGGUGUCGGGCUUGAUGGCUACAGUCAAGAAGACCUCUGGCAAUUCAUGAGGGCCAAGCUGAUGGCAGAACAGGAACACGGAAAUCUCCGAGGAAGCCCUGGCCCUAAAGGUGACAUGGGAAGUCAAGGCCCUAAAGGAGAUCGAGGGUUCCCUGGGACUCCAGGUAUCCCUGGGCCCUUGGGCCACCAAGGUCCGGAGGGACCAAAGGGACAAAAAGGCAGCGUGGGAGAGCCUGGCAUGGAGGGACCCAUGGGCCAGAGAGGGCGAGAAGGCCCCAUGGGACCUCGUGGUGAACCAGGGCCUCCUGGGUUUGGAGAGAAAGGAGACAGAGGGGAUGCUGGUCAACCAGGCAUUCAAGGCCCACCUGGUGUCCCAGGUUCUGUGGGUCCCAAAGGUUCUAGCGGUUUUCCUGGCCCACAGGGUCCCCCAGGCUCUGUAGGUCGCCAAGGGCUCCGAGGUGAAGUGGGACUCCCUGGCAUCAAAGGUGACAAAGGACCUAUGGGGCCACCAGGACCCAAAGGUGACCAGGGUGAGAAAGGACCCCGAGGCCUCACAGGCGAGCCCGGCUUGAAAGGUUUACCUGGUGCUGUGGGCGAGCCCGGGCCUAAAGGAGCAACGGGACAAGCUGGCCCCGACGGACACCAAGGCCCAAGAGGGGAACAAGGUCUUCCAGGGAUGCCCGGAAUCCGGGGCUUACCAGGACCUUCUGGAGACCCAGGAAAGCCAGGUCUCACCGGACCCCAAGGACCUCAGGGACUUCCUGGUACCCCCGGCCGACCAGGGGCUAAAGGUGAACCAGGAGCUCCAGGCAGGAUCGUGACUUCAGAGGGAUCAUCGACUCUCACUGUCCCAGGUCCCCCGGGACCUCCUGGAGCGAUGGGACCUCCAGGACCUCCAGGUGCCUCAGGCCCCAUUGGCCCAGCUGGUCUCCCAGGACAGCAAGGCCCGCGAGGGGAGCCAGGACUUCCUGGUGAAUCGUUCAUGGGCAGCAGCAGCUCCAUCUUUGAGGUCCUCUCCGCCCAGGGUCUUGACUUACGAGGUCCCCCAGGCCCACCUGGGCCACCAGGUGAGCACCUCAGGGAUCUCUGGAAGGUGGGGAAUUUGGGGGGCAGGGGGCUCAAGGCACUUAGUGAGGAAGCCAAGAUCCUGGGUUCAGCAUUGCCUCUUCCUCACCCUCUUCUACAGGACCACCCACCCCAGGACCCCAAGGCCCAGCAGAGUGUUCCUGGCCCACCUCUUGGCAUUGAUAGGUCUUGGGUGCUCUCUUAUCUAGGGGAAGGCUUGCCAGGCCCACCUGGCCCCACAGGCCCCAAGGGAGAGCAAGGUGCCCCAGGCCCCCGAGGACACCAAGGCGAGCGAGGCCCCCCAGGAUUCUCAGCCUCAGGCUCCAGUUCUCUCGGACUCAACCUACAAGGACCGCCAGGACCGCCUGGCCCUCAGGGACCCAAGGGUGACAGAGGUGAUCCCGGAGUCCCAGGGGCUCCCGGCAUUCCCAGUGGGCCCUCUCGAGGGGGAUCAGCAUCUAGCACCAUGUUCAUGCAGGGCCCGCCAGGCCCACCAGGGCCCCCCGGGCCCCCAGGCUCCAUCAGCAGCUCCGGCCUGGAGAUUCAGCAGUACAUCUCCGACUACAUGCAGAGUGACAGUAUCAGGUCUUAUCUAUCUGGAGUUCAGGGUCCCCCGGGCCCACCUGGUCCCCCCGGGCCUGUCACCACCAUCACGGGUGAGACUUUCAACUACUCAGAGCUGGCCAGCCUCGUCGUGAGCUACUUACAGACUUCGGGGUACAGCAUCAGCACGUCUUCCACCUCCGUCUCUUCUGAAGACAUCCUGGCUGCACUCCAGCGGGAUGAUGUGCGUCAGUAUCUACGGCAGUACUUGAUGGGCCCUCGGGGUCCCCCAGGGCCACCAGGAGCCAGUGGAGAUGGGUCCCUCCAGUCUUUGGACUACGCAGAGCUCAGCAGCCGCAUCCUGAGCUACAUGUCCAGCUCCGGAGUCAGCAUUGGGCUUCCUGGCCCCCCAGGGCCCCCAGGCUUGCCAGGAACAUCCUACGAGGAGCUCCUCUCCUUGCUCCAAGGGUCUGAAUUCAGAGGCAUUGUUGGGCCCCCAGGUCCCCCUGGGCCACCAGGGCUCCCAGGCAGCGCGUGGUCCAGCAUCAGCAUGGAGGACCUCUCGUCCUACCUGCAGACUGCUGGCUUGUCAUCCAUCCCAGGCCCUCCUGGCCCCCCUGGCCCCCCAGGCCCUCGAGGGCCCCCGGGUGUCUCAGGAGCUCUGGUGACAUAUGCAGCUGAAAACAGCGACAACUUCCGGAGUGAGCUGAUCAGCUACCUCACAAGUCCUGACGUGCGCGGCUUCAUCGUCGGCCCGCCGGGUCCUCCCGGGCCCCGGGGUCCCCCCGGGGACAGCUCCUACAGCCGGGGCAGCAGCUCCUCUUCUCUCAGUCGGGCCUCUUCCUCCAGCUCCUCCAUGGGCGUAGGAGGAGCCAGCGGAGGCUCCCUGGGCGAAGGGGGAGCCUUUGGCCUGGAUGUGGGCCUGGGCCGAGGUUAUGGGGCAGGGGCAGAACGCAGCACGUACGGCGGUGACGGUGGAUUCGGGGCCGGCUUUGCUGGAGGUCUGGAUUACAACGAGCUGGCCGUUCGGGUGUCUGACAGCUUGCAGCGUCAGGGCCUGCUCCAAGGGAUGGCCUACACCGUGCGGGGCCCGCCAGGCCUGCCUGGGCCCCAGGGGCCCCCUGGCAUCAGCAAGGUCUUCUCCGCCUACAGCAACGUGACCGAGGACCUCAUGGACUUUUUCAGAACUUAUGGAGCCAUCCCAGGACCCCCUGGGCAGAGGGGAGAGAUGGGCAUCCCUGGACCCAAAGGUGAGAGGGGCCCUGCUGGGCCACCAGGUCAGCCUGGGCCACCCGGCCCUCGAGGACACAAGGGAGAAAAAGGAGACAAAGGUGACCAAGUCUAUGCUGGCCGGAGAAGGAGAAGCAUUGCCGUCAAGCCAUGAGCGACCCUUGGCGGAACGGCCGCCUGGACCAGUUCUUGCAUUGGCUUAUGGCGCUUAUGGCAAGACCUCUCCAGAGGGUAAAAGCUGGAAUCUCACUGUCCUACUGAGGCAGCACAGCAAAUAGUCAACUAGAACCCUUAUCUCAGUCUGGAGCAAAAUAUGUGUACGUAGAAUUCAGUCCAAGGUACACAGUCUGAAACAGCUUUAUGGCGUAGACUCAACAGUGGCCUGCGCGUGCAGUGUGGUAGGAUGAAGCUGGCCUCCCUGCUGUCCAGGCCUGAGCUCCUCGGCUUUUUUAAUACUGAGUUCAAGCCCCAGCCAAGGAAAGCCAGGUACAUAAAAGUUGUUUCAGGAGCCCUUGAGCUUCACCUUAAAAAUGAGCCCAGAAAAAUGGAAGAUGGGAUGGGGGGUGCCUUCCUGGGAGCCACUCAAUGGGACUGUUCUGGUCAACACUGCAAGGCUGUGCUCUCAGCUCCUUUCUCCCCUCUUCACUCUGCAUUCUCUAGUCAUAGAAAAAAACUGACUCA